GUCCCAUCUUAGCUACAUUGUAAUCAGAGCGAAGAGGAAAGAGGACUCGUCCAUAUUAUAGCUGCUGUUUCAGCGGUUUCCAAGGUGAUGGACCCUCCCGGCGGGCGAGAUGAGCGUCGCCGUCAGGCAGAGCGUCUUCGGCGGGAGGAGGCAUACUAUCACUUCAUCAAUGAACUGAGUGAGGAGGAGUAUCGGCUAAUGAGGGACAGCAACCUUUUGGGCACACCUGGUGAAGUCACAGCUGAGGAGUUACGGCAGCGUCUGGACGGAGCAAAGGAACGUGUGUCUUCCCAGCCCCGCCCUGAACCACGCCCACAGAACAGUGAGGCAGGACAGGAGGGCAGCAGUGGUGCAGCUGAGCCGAGCGCGGAGAACACUAACGGAGAUUCGCUGCUGGAGUGGCUGAACACGUUCAGGCGCACGGGCAAUGCUACCCGCAGUGGACAGAGCGGCAACCAGACAUGGCGUGCCGUCAGCCGCACCAACCCCAACAGUGGCGAGUUCCGAUUCAGUCUAGAGAUCAACAUCAACCAUGAGCAGCCUGAGCCGGGCGAGCACAGCGACGUGGUUGACUCCACCGAACCUCCGGUGCCUGCUCCUUCAAGGUCUUCUGCGGCCAUGCGUACACCUCCGAGGCCUGCCCCAUACUCCAUCCAGCACGCUGGCCCUUAUUCCUCAGUCCGGCCUGCCCUGGGGAGGAGGGCUCAGGCCCGGCGCACACGCAGCAGCACUACUCCUCCCAUAACUCCGCCUUUGAUCUCACAGGCACCAUAUACAGCACUUAGGAGGAACCUUGCUCUCCCUCAACUGGCUCCUCCCCCUCUGCAGGCCCCACCCACUUCUCAAAACCAAGGGCAGGACGGUGGUAAUGUGCUUGGUCAAACACAGGCCCCACCCCCCUCAGUCAGUAAUGGGGAGGGGCAGGAUGCUAGCGAAGGCCUGGACUGUCCAGACUCUGUGUCUCAGCCUGCCGUUCAGGGGGCGGCAGCUGGCCGUGAGACGCACACAAGUAGGACUCGUUCACGCGGCCGUGUGCGCCGGGUGGCAGGAACCGGAGGUUUAUCUAGGUCCUCAAGACGUAGCCGGUCCCCUCUGGACAGAAAUCCCACCCCCAGCGUUAGCCCAACCCUUAGCACCAGUGUACCAGUGCCAGAGUCCACUGGGAGCACAGCAGCUGCCACAGAGUCUGGUGUAGAAACGGUGGCUCCAGCACACCCUGCCCUAGAGGUGGGUGUGGAGGAGGGUGAGACACCUACGUCAGGAGGGGGGGGAGGAGUGCGGCGCCAUCCCACCAUCAUGCUGGACCUACAGGUGCGGCGCAUUCGCCCGGGAGAGAACCGUGACCGGGACAGCAUUGCUAGCCGCACCCGCUCCCGUGCCCGGGCAGCCGAGAACACCGUCACGUUUGAGAGUGACAGCGGCGGCUUCCGCCGCACCAUCUCCCGCUCGGAGCGGGCCGGUAUCCGCACCUACGUCAGCACCAUCCGCAUCCCGCUGCGCCGCAUCUCUGAAACAGGCCUGGGCGAGCCAAGCUCCACCGCCCUGCGCUCCAUCCUCCGCCAGAUCAUGACUGGCUUCGGAGAGCUCAGCUCCCUCAUGGAGACGGAGGCCGACUCCGAAGCGUCUGCGCCCAGCCAGCCUGCCGGGCCCAGAGCUCAGGUGGGCGAAGGAGGGGCCGGCCACGCAGGGGCGGAGUCUAGACGAGAGAGCACUGUGUCGGGGGAAGCGGGCCAGGUGCGGGCUGGCGCCAACGGCCUCGACAGCCGGCCCGGGGGCCGAGACACCAACAACCUGGUGGAGAAUGGAACGCUGCCCAUCCUGCGCCUGGCCCACUUCUUCCUGCUGAACGAUGAGGAGGACGACGAGCACCCGCGCGGCCUCACCAAAGAGCAGAUCGACAAUCUGGCCACGCGCACCUAUGGCCAGGCGAGCCUAGAGGGCGAGCAGGGGCGUGCCUGCAGCGUCUGCAUCAACGAGUAUGCCCAGGGCAACAAGCUACGAAGCUUGCCCUGCACCCAUGAGUUCCACAUCCACUGCAUCGACCGCUGGCUCUCCGAGAACAAUACCUGCCCUAUCUGUAGGCAGCCCAUCCUUUCGAGCCACCAGGACUGACGGCGGGCUGUUCCCGUCCGACAGACCGACCGACUGACUGACUUACCCCAUCUCCGGUGGCACCUGUACAUAGCGCUUCAAUCAAUGUUUUCAUUCAUUGAGACCCACUGUAUUCAGCUGAAGGUAGAACCAAAAAAAAGAGAGAAACAAACACAGAUAAUUAACAAAGCUUUAUUUUUUUAGACUUCGUUUGUUUUCAGCAUUUUUUUCCCCGCCUUCUGUCUGCAUAGUCUCCUCUCUGUGACCUCAUGCUCUUGGGUAACAUUAACAGACGUUAACUGUGACGAAUCAGUGUUAGCAACAGCUAAUCAAUCUUGCAUUCAUUUUGAUUUCACAAAAUGCAUUUUACAGAUUGACCUCAAAACUCUGAGGAUAUGUAAAUAUAUGACUGCCUGUGAUUUUGGGGUUUGACACUGAAACACAGUGUAGAAAGAUACUUAUGCUCUAUAAAUUUGUGUUUUAACAGCGUUAGUUUUAAGCGCUUGCGGCCGAAGCCUUUAUUUUAAAGCUCGUGCAGCAGAAUCUUCCAUUUUGAAGCUCUUAAUAUUUGAUGACGCUCUUUUAGAAGUGCGUUUUCAAAGUGUGAUAGUUAACUUGAUGAUGGAUCUCUGCUCUAAUUGGUUGAGUUUUUAGCCAUUACAAUCUUUGUGAAUUUGUGGUUUUAAAAAUUAUGAACUGAAAAAGUAAUCAGCCACUUAACAAACACUACUUGCAUAUAAUGAAGAAAUGGGCUUAUGCUGGUCUGAGUAUACUUUCCAGUUUGAAUGUGAUACACAUUUCUGGUGCAAAAAAGUAGUUCACAGCCAAUCCGCUUAUUUUAUAUUGUAUGGUCUGACCCAUUGAGUGCAUGACACAUUUUUUAUUUUUAUUUAUUUUUAUUUCCCCUGCGUAUGUAAGAUACACCCCAGAACACAGGUUGCAAUAUUUUAAUGAUGAAAGAUAAUCAGUUUGUCAUUUCUUAUUCCUGAAGCACUUAUAAGGAGGAACCCUGUAGGGUAAUGGUGUUUUAGCCUAUCACAGGACAAACCUCUAAAAAGGUUGUGCAGUGACAUUUAAGAGGAGUGGAAGGGUAUUGGUAGAUUUGCUAGUGAAGAUGUUUAAUUGUUAGGAGCCUUGUGUUCUCUCUUUUUUUCUGGUUAAUUUAUAUGCAUAUGCACACUGGUCCACACAUCAGGCGGUUUAAAUUCUUUCCCCAGCCCUUUUCUAAAGGCACUUUAGAGGUCUUUAAUGUGCAGUUUUUCCAGUCUUAUACCUUUUUGUCUUCCAGGCCCUUUUUCUCCGUGUGACAUUAGGUUCAACAUUUAGGUUUUUGGGUUGGCUUUUUUUGUUUUGUUUUGUUUUUUUGUUUUUUUAUUUAUUUAUUUCUUCCAAACAGUGGGAGUACAUUGACAUAAUGAUUCACAAUGAGAACAGGUACAACACAGUUUUGACAGUCUGUUUUCGUUGCCGGGACAGGUAGCUCGGCAGAGAUAGGCAAAGCUGUGAGCUGAGCAUUGGUCUUAAAAUCUGUGACGACUGCUCUUUAUCAAAAUCUUUGAUGUUGUAGUUGGGAUCCAGAAUGAACGUUUCUUCUCCAAAAAUUGCUUGAAAGGCAUUUCCUUUUCAAAGGCAGGAUGAUGGUGGUUGAGUGGUCAGUGAGGGUUCCAUUUUCUUAUCUGGGAAGAACCUGCUCUGCACUUGAGCAAGGUCCAUUCCUUACACUGAUGCUGACUUACUGAGAGCAAGCCAGUGGCAAAACCUUAAUGGAGGAGCUCAUUUCUGUCUAAAGAAAUGAAUCGGUACUUUUUUUGCUUUUUCACCUUCAAGCAUAAGCUUCAGUUAGACAAAGAAGGAAACCACAACAAAAGACCAUGACCUGUUUCUUUAAUGUUUUGUUUCCUAAUGCAAGGGAAAAGUCCCUAUAUUUUGCCUCUGUGUGUGUGAGCGUGUGUGUGUGAUGCAUGUGUACACGUAUGUAUUGGUAUGAGAGUGUGACAAAAGGGUCUUUAAAAGGUUAUUCAUCUGAUUGUCAGAAAGUGUGAUGGGCCUUUGGCAAUUAAGUCCAGAAUGAAUUAUUUAGUUCCUAUUUAAUGAGAAGAAAUUACAUCAAUGAAAUAUGACUAUGUAUUAUGUUCUAAUGUGAUGCUAAAACAGUUAAGAAUAUGUAUUCUGUUACUAUGUAAUAAAAUGAGCAAAUUGGUUUUCUUUUCUGCUCCUUAACAAUGAAAUUAAAUUUAAGGUUCGUUAUGCCUGUA